AUGGGAGAUGCUCCAGAAAAAAAGCGACGAAAGCUGACGACAGCUCUGAAAGAUGCGAUCGGUGUAUAUUCUCAAAAACCAGAAGAAAACACCGAGAAACCGAUUGCUCUCGCUUUAAUCAGUGACAACAAGUCAGCUCAAGAUCUACUAGAUAAAAUUCAAGCAUCUCGUCGUCCGCAAGCGAUUCUCGAGGUUGCACUGAAGAUUUGUAGAGAGAAAAAAUCUGAGGCUCAUAUUGAGGAAGCAUUCCUAUCAAUUUUCCGGAAACAUUUUUCUAUCCUUGGAAUCGAUUCCGCCAUUGCUUGUUGGAAGUUGAUUCAGGAUAAUCUAAAUGAGUCAGGAUCCUUAAGCGAAAUUCUGAUCGCCACCGAGUUCAUCAACUCAUCAAACCUUCUCGGUCAUGGAUUUGGCAAACUGUUGCAAGAAAUCAAAUCAGGCCUGCCAUUGGCUAUUCAGAAGUCGUGGAAUGAACAUCGCAGAGCUGAUUCCUUGGCUCUCGCUUACGCACUAAUUUCACUGGUCUUGGCUGAAAAUGCAUACGGAGAUAAUAAUUCAAAAUCAGAAGAUGUUUUCGAGUACUGGAAGAAAUCAGUGCUUGUGGAAAAGUCGAUGAAGAAAGACUACGGAAUGAUGAUGAUUAGUUCUUUGACUGGAGACGAAUCUUUUCAAAAGUCCCUUUCUUCCGAAAACGAGAUUCCUGAAGACGAGCUGCAAUUACUCUCAAAAAUAUACACCAACCACUUGGAGUUCUUUAGCAACACACUCCAUCAAUCAAACUGUGUUCAAUUGCUUUCGAAAUCUAUCCAGUCUGGUUUACAGUCGAAUCAGUUGAUGUCUCUAUCGAAUCGUUUAACCACCUCUGAAGUUCAAAUAACAUCUGUUAUCUAUCAAGCGGUGGCUGUUGCCUUCCGAUGCUUCUUUGAAGCUACCAAUGCCGAUAUAGUCUCAAUUGAUGACUUCGAAUCUUUGAAGAUGAAAGAAUUGGCGAAGUACCUUUCUACGAUCUCCGAAAUCAAAAGCCGCCGAAACGUUUCUAGCAGAAAUGCCAAGAAACUAGCUGAUUUUCUAGAUUUUAUUAUCUCCGUCGCUGACAAAUCAUACGAUAGCAACUAUCUUGCAGCUCUCUCGAUACUUGUUUUGAAUAUUGCGAUGGUUUUCGAAGAUGAAAGAGGAUGGAAUGUUGGUAGAGAAAUCUUGAAGGACGUUCCAAUGAAUGCACUCGAAAGACUAGUAAAAGGAGCCAAAGGAUUGGAUAACCAAAUCGAAAAAGCUCUGAAAAGUGUUAAGAAAUCAGCCGACGAGAAGCAUGCCCCAAAGAAGUUUGUGAACAGAACAGCACCAGAAGUCAUUGAAAAACUCGAGUCAUCCGAUCUAUCGGUUGACGAGUCGAUUGAAUUAUUAGAAGGAGUUCAUGUUGCGGAGACGAAGAAAGAAGUAUUCGAUGCUGUUGUCAAGUUUGUUGAAGAGCUUCCGGGAGGAGAACAUUUGAACGAGAUGAAACUAUUCAAACUUCUUAUCGAAAUGUAUGGAGGAAGUCCACUAGAAUCCCUGGCUCUACAAGUUGUAUUCUCCCGAAUUGUUGCUGAUGGAUGGACAGAUUUCGAUAGAACUCCUGGAACGGAAAAGAGUGAUGAAUCUUGGUUCGCAGUGCUCGUGGAAAUGAUUGAUUUUUUGGAUGUGGCAAUGAAGUCGGCGAAGAAUUCAAUCAUCAAAUCUUAUACAGCACUCUACUGUCAAUUGUACAGUCAAGUAUUGAAGAACAGUCAGAAGUUUGUAAGGAAUAGUUUGAACGCUGUAGCUUCGCGGACACUUAGUGUUGAAAUCGAAAGGGGAUUCAUUCUUCGUCGUCACAAAUUGAGUCAGGAUGUUUCUCGAUUAGUAGAUGGGAUGAAACGAAAUGAGUCGUAUUUCUCUAUGCUAGCAGCUUCUAUCAUCGGAGACGCUGUCUUCUAUGGAUCGGACAGUCUGUUGGCCAUGUCGAAACUUCAUUCAUUGGCUGAUAAAAACGCAUCUGGUCUUCUCGCAACUAAUCUUCCAGCGGUCGAAAGAACGAGAUACAAGAAGUUCCUGUCUACGAUUACAAGGGCUUCCAAGAGAGUUUACUGA